CCACGACCGGCCGAGCCAUCAUCUCCGCACGCAGCCGGUGCACGACUUCCGCCGAAAAGGAUCCCGUUCGCUUGACUGCCAUCCUUCGGCAGGACCGCAGGCCAGGACAGUCGCGAUCGGUUCGGCGCUCGAAUAAAAAAAAAACAAACUUUUCUCGCCGCUGUUCGGCGAUCGCGCGAUUUUCGGUUUAGUUUUUUCCGUUGAUUUUUUCCGCAGGAAAGUUUUCGGUUGUUCGGGUGCGACUGUUGGAAGUUAUGAUAUGACAUUCAGCAAGAUGAUGAAACAUGAACGGAUGUUGGUACUUAUUUUGGCGGCGAUAUUGGACUUGGCGAACGGCCUUUAUCUGUCCCAGUCCAGCGUGAACGCGGAGCCCGGAAAAAGUUUGGCCAUUUCGUGCCGGGAUCCGGGGGGCCAGCAGGUCACGUGGAAAGGACCCAAGGGGCCUCUGCACGCCCACACCAGGCCCAAAAUACAAGACACCUCCAUUGGAAAAUUGCUGAUUUUCACGCCGACCAGCGUCCACGAUACCGGAAAUUACACUUGCAGUUUGUUGAAUAACAAAAACGAGUUUAAAGUGUUUGCUCUUGUAGUUGAAGACCACAAAGACACGACAUUCGAAACCGAUACAAGUACUAAUGAUUAUUCAAACACCAAUACCCGUCCACAUCGCGGACGCGAUCACGAAAAUAGUCCCGAUUCCGAUCCAGACCCCAUAUAUUUCAAGGACACUCCGGAGGUGCAAAGAGGCAAGGAAGGAGACAAUGUGACCAUAAGAUGCGAGAUAAACAAACCGUUGAAACUCAACUGGUUACUGGAAGACGAAGGUGAAAAUUUAGGACCGAGGUAUAAACCAAUUGGUGAUGGUUUACUCAUUAUAAGCGCCUCUCGUACCGAAGACAACAGGGUUUUUAUCUGCGAAGUAGUCAAAAGUAACACGGGAAAAGUGAUUCACAAAAAAAUUAGAUUCAUUGUCGAACAUAAACCAAUAACAGUUACUUAUCCAUAUAAUACGGAUACGGGAGAACCUCCCGUAUGGGCGCAGAAUGACGAAGUGUACGGGUUCCAGGGGGAGAACGUCAAUUUAACCUGCGAGGUGGAAGCAGAACCGCCGCCGACAUUCGAAUGGAGGAGCAGCAAUCAAGGCCACAAGAAAAUCGGGAGGGUAAUAAAAGAGGGCACUCACAAAUCGAUUCUACAGUUGAAAAUGUCGGAGGAAACUGUGGACAAGUAUCAGUGUAUAGCGAGCAAUAAGCACGGGAAACUGAAGAAGUUCUUCGAUCUUCAAAUCGGUGUGAGGCCAGAUCCGCCACGGAACAUCCAGCUGGUGUCGGCGGGAAGCGACAACAUAGAGUUGAAAAUAGAAAAGCCCGAAGAAAACGAAGAGGCCAUCGAUAACGGAAUGGACCCGAGGUGGAUGAACGUGUUUUAUAGAAACGUAAAUAGCGAGGAUUGGGACGAACAAAUAUUCAAUAUUACAUUAGAAACUUUUAACCUGACGGAACUGAAUUCCAGUACGAUGUAUGAGAUAAUGGCAGCCACCAGGAAUGUCGCCGGACUUUCGGCGCUCACCAACAACACGUUUAUCGAGACGAAAAACGCCGGCAGUGUUCAAAUCGAUAAUCUCAGUUUUCUCAGUGUAGUAAUGGUGAAUUCGUUAAUUUUGUUGACGUCCAAACUGGCUUGAAAAUAUCCGCGGAAACGCUAGGGCGAUAUUUAUUUAUACGAGAAAUAUGUACCGUUCAUAAACUACCCCGUCCGUUUUAGGCUAGAGGCUGGCGGGCUUUCUGUGGUUUUCACUACAAAUUUCAGCGAUAAUACAAAAUUUUAUUAAAACUUUUUUUUAUGUAUAUAAAUUCCGUAUAAAGUUUAUAGUCUUUCCGAAAUUAAUCUGAAAUGCCAAAAAUUUAUACAGCAAAUAAAAAACUAACUUUGGGCAGACUAUACCUGCUAAUUACACCGCAAUUAUAAAACAGUUCAAUUAACUUCUUAGGUUAAUAAUGAAUAUUUAUGAGAAAUAAAAUAUUUACUAAACGACUGACUAAACUUUCGUAUAGCGCAGACCCUAGCCUAAAGGGCUUUAAAUCUAGGGAAAAAAGAGGACAAAAAUAAUAUAUUUUAGAUGGUGUCACGGCCAGGAGUUUAUUUUGUGUUGAGAACCUAGUGGUUGAUGCAAUUAAUUGGAAGACCGGCCUUUCGGUUAAAUUAAACGGAAGAUUAAAUCGCUGUUAAUGAGCCGGAAUCGUAGGGAAUGCUUAAAGUCUAAUUGUAUUUAAAUUUGUUAAACUAGUGGAAUUAAUUAUUUUUUUUGUUCCGGAAGAAUUUUUUACCAUCUGAAAAAAGGUUUGUUCUCUUUUUUUGAAAGAUAUAAUAAAUAUAGAUUUAAAUUUUGGUUGAAAGAGCUGGGGAUUGGACUUUUAUUCCAAAGGUGUUUUUAAAUUUUUUACCCCAAAUUUCAAAAAUUUGGAAAUACCUUCCUAAAUAAGCGUGAUUUUAGGGCACUUUUUGAGUAAAGCAGGGCAGUGUGACAAGGUUUUUCAAAUAACCAAAAAAAAGACUGAUUGGAAGUAAUAGUUGUAUCUAAUAAAAUUAACUCUACUAAUUUUAGUGCUUUACAUAACUAUAAAAAUACUUCUACUAAUUUUUCUGUGUAUUCUAUCUGUAUAUUACGAUGGUAAAGGAUAUGGAGGCAGUCUGGUCAUAAUUCAGAAACACCCUGCAUAAUACAAAUACAUUUUCUCCCUAUUUACAAGAAAUUCGUUUUAUUUUAUAAUUGUCAACAAAAUUAAUGUUUCCCAGCUCUAAUGAAAAUGUUAAUUAAUUAUUGAUGGAUGCUUUUCAUUUGUGUACGUAUGUUGUGGAAAAAUCACCCCGAAAUACUAAAUGUAAAAAUAUAAUUCACUAACCCAAAUAAUUAAUCACAUUUCACUCGCAACAAAUUCCAUUAAAACGAUCAAUGACUAUCACAACAGAUUUUUGAUACAGGUGCAAAUACAUUCUCACGUCUUCAGCUGUACUUAUAGUAUUGUAACUCUCUUGAAAAAAGUUGCGAGUUUUAUCGUGGUUAAAUAUUGUGGUUAACUCAUUUCGAAUGCUUGUAAAUUAUAUCUUCCCCAUUAGGAUUAUUGUACAUACGCUUUCUAUAUUACAAAAUAAUACAGUUGGGAAAAUUUAUUCGGUCAUAGGGCGAUAACUCGAUAAAUAUAACGACUAAAGUGUUGAUAGUUCAAAAAAGGAUUUAUUUUAUUUUGUUUGUUAUUUGUGUGUAUAAGAGUAAGGAAACUUACGGUUUGUUUUGCGCCUCUUCCAUCGAUGUGAAUUGCAUCAUUGAGCAUAGAAAACACGUGAAACUACACUCAAUAUCGUUUGCGCGAUAAAAACAACUAAUGUCCGGUUUAACCAACGACAAAUAAGACCUUCUUCUGUCCAAAAAAUACAUAAUUUUGUUCCACCAACAACAAAUAGCGUUAUUCAACAAUUAACUUGGCGUUUAAAUUAACCAACGAAAUUUGGACAGUUAAGUUAAAGUUUUAUUUGAUGUUUUCUAACCCCAAAUAACAUUAAUUUGUAAUAGAGGUAUCUUUACUAGUGUUUUUCUGAUUGUGAAUUUUUAUUUAAUUUAUUGGUUGUAUUUUGUUAUGUAUUUUUAGUUUGAGAAUAACUGAUAAUAGGUAUA